AUGGCGAACGGGUUAGAUAAACUUGAGAGAUUCUUCUUUCAGAAGCGAAAAGCCUUGGGGGUGUCAGUCACAGCUUCCACCGUACCCAGUAGUCCCACAAAGCAACAUAUGGACUUGCAGUUUCCCUCACCAUCAUUCAUUCGACCGAAAACCUCACGUAUGGCUGCUCGGGAGGAAGUUCGUUAUACCCCAGGAGCCAGGUUUCAAGCCACCAAUGAAACAGACUUCCCCCAGCGAUACGGAUCGAUUGACAGCCGGAAGUCUCGUGCAACUUCGACAUCUCGUGAAUGGACACUGGCUGGACCCCGAUCAUCUUCACUUGAUAAGUCUUCCCCCGAGAUUGGUCCUCUACCGGAUUGGGAACUUCUCAGCAACCAGACCAUCGAUAUUCUGAAUCAAGACCUGUGUGACGAUAUCAAACGGAAAUUAGGAGAGCCAAUAAUCAAUCCUACUACAGCUUUAAUUCCUCACCCUGACCAAAAUAAGGGAUCUGAGCCCUCUCCCCACUCUUCUUUUUCGAGCGCAUCUCUCCAAGAGCCUGAAGUUUGUGACUUUUUCACACUCAGCGAUGAAAAUGUCGCCGAGUCAUACGUUGAAGGGUCCUUGUUCUCUGAUGAUCCACGUCGGUCUUAUACGUCGAUUACCUUGGCCCCUUCAGUUUUGUCGUUGCCUUUGCGAGAUCCACCACUGUUGACAUUGGAGCAGCCUUCAACAAGCCGCCCAGCCAGGGUUGCUGCAUUUGAGGCGGCCCGCAUUGCCAGCAGAUACAAGUUCGACAUGCUUUACGUCGUAAAUCUGUGGCCCGAAAAUACAGUCUCGCAUUCUCCCCGCGAUUCAUACCCCAUCCAAGGCAUGACUGGAAGACUUCUGGUCGCGUACGGUUUGCAUCAUAGCCCCUCGCCAUUUCAAAUCUCGUCUGAAGUCCACACGAAGAUUCUACAGUCUCCAGGAUGGAUGGAGUAUCGAGAUGAACAGGCUGAGAACGACUUUGCAUGCGCCUAUGCUUAUACAUUUUACCCCCGUUCUGCCGGAGAUAAACGCGAUUCAGGCUCGUCUCUUUCCACUCAAUCAACCACAGCAACCUUGGUUGACCGUGGGAUUGUUUUCGCCGCUUUCCGCAAGAAGGAUACUCAAAACUCAACACAUUACCCAACUCUUGACGAACUUGCCUAUCUCGGGCGAGACGUAGAAACGAUGAUACAGGUGCUCAUCGAUAUUCACAACACACGCCAGAUGCGGCAGGCACCUUCACAGCAGGAAUACUCGGAUGAAACAGGUCCUAUGCCAGUUUUGUAA